GUUGUUUCAAGUCGUCGAAACUAUCAGUCUGGUCGCGAUGUUCAUCCUUUGCGUACUAGUUGGUUUGGUGGUUUCUAGCGCGAGUUCGCCAAUCUUCAGCUGUGAUCCACUGCUGGCUCCGAUUCGCUGUGGAGUUCCGAAGCUGCAUCCUAAUUCAUUACCAUCGAGACCAUCGGAGGCGAUCCGGGGCGAGUUUCCUUGGCAUGCUGCUUUGUAUCAAGAAGAAAGUGGCAACUUUUCGUACAGCUGCGGAGGAUCACUGAUUAAUGAGCGGUUCGUCCUGACGGCUGCGCACUGCGUAAUUAAUCCAAACAAUGGUUAUAAAUUAACUGUGAAACGGUUGAAAGUGCUACUUGGGGGUCACCUAUUGGGAGUAGAAGAUGAGUGCGUGCAGCAUAUGAAGGUGAAAAGGAUUUAUGUCCACGAUCAAUACAAGCUAGGGGAGUACAAGCAUGAUAUUGCGGUUGUGGAGAUACUUGGACGGGUCAUUUUCACACAACGUGUUGUGCCAAUUUGUGUGGACCUGAGUGAGUCCGAAGAUAGUCAUUUCUAUAAGCAUUACGGAAAAGUACCAGGUUGGGGAUACACCGAGUACGAUGCCGUUUCCAACUGGCUUAGAAUGACGGAGUUACCGUUCGUUAAUUACACCACUUGCCUAGCAAGUAAUCCGGAGUUGUUUUCGCACACCAUCUUUGAGGGAAUGUUCUGCGCUGGUUACGCAAAUGGAACCAGUGUCUGCAAUGGGGACUCUGGGGGUGGAUUGGUAUCGUUUAACCGGGAUCACUGGCUUUUGCAGGGAAUUGUAUCGUUCACUGCGCUACGCGACGGAGAAGAUGUAGUUUGUGACAGCAAGGAGUACGCUGGCUUCACGAAAGUUCGCUACUAUAGGAAUUGGUUGAACGCCAUUUUUAAAGGUGAAGAAAUAGUGGAUCACGCAGUUUUGCCGAUAGCGAAGAAAAAGGAAGUUGAGAAAAUGGAAUCGGGAGAAGAGGAACUUGAUUUGGGUCCUUGUGGGGAACGAAAGAUUAACAAACAGUACCGGAUUGUGAACGGAGUUCGCAGCUACUCAGGCGAGUGGCCCUGGCAUGUGGCAGUGUACGAAGUUGACGGCCGUACCAAACGAUACAUUUGUGGGGGAACUCUCAUUAGUGAUCAAUUCGUGCUGACAGCGGCUCACUGUAUGUUAAAUGAUGCAAUGAAGCAGCGGAGUGGCAUCAUAGUGGUACAACUUGGCCAAAAUGAUCUUUUUGAAAGUUCAGUAACUAUGCGGGAAGUUCGUGUGACUAAAGUGACGCCACACGAGCAAUUCAAUCCUCAUACCAAAACGAAUGAUGUCGCUUUGCUGGAGCUAUCAUCAAAUGUACAGUUUAACGAUUAUAUUCAACCGGCUUGUCUACCGACCAAGCAAACAACUAGUAAUUUUAUCGCACCUGGAACUAUGGGUACAGUUGUUGGUUGGGGAUACCAACAGCCAUGGUCUUUCAUGAUUUCCAACACUCUUCAGGCCACCAGACUACCUAUUGUUGAUCAAACAUUAUGUGUGAUCGGAGAAAAACAGGCGGUGGAAAUGGAUGGCAUUCUUUGUGUUGGUUCCAAAAAAGGAUCGAAUGCAUGCACCGGAGACUCAGGUGGUGGUAUUUUUUUCGAUAAUGGUGGAGUUUGGACCGUAGGAGGCGUUAUUUCCGCUCUUGAUACCACCAACGGUUUCUGUAAUCCAGAUGGGUAUCUAAAAGUUUCCAGCAUAGGUUAUUUCCGGAAGUGGAUCAAACAGGCGAUAAAAUCCGGCCUGCAGGAAAUCAAAGGCACCGGGGAUCGUGUUAUGACCUUCCUGCAGACAGCAACGGACAAUCCAACGCCUCCCAACAGCCCCGCAACCUUUCCGUGUCCGACCGGUGAGUCCCACGUGCAUCAUCACCACCAUCAUCACUAUCACCGUCAUGACCAGCCCGGGGACCAGGAACGAAGCAAUUGUAACCGAGGGCACAGUGGAUCAUCGGAGAGUAAUGAAUCGGGCCUGAAGGCACCGAUCAAAAAGAUAUUUAAGAAGAAGAAAUGCUUUAUCAAGGAUUUGACGAGCAGCCUGCUAAAACUGUUCUGAGUUGCCGCUCUGGUGAGCUUCAUUAACAUGUCGCCUGAUGGCCCUAGCGUGAUAUCGUCGUACCACACUGUGAAUACAUGACCCAAAUUCAAAUAAUUA